CGGCGGCGGUGGGCCGGCCGCGGAGGGGGAGGAGCGGGAGCUGCGCGAGGCUGGCGGGCGGGCGGAGGAUGGGGCAGUGCCCGGGCUCCCGCUGCAGCCGCCCGGGGACACGCCGUGCACCCUCCGGCUCGGGGCUUUCGCGGCGGCGGCGGCGGCAGCGUUAGCGGCGUUCCCGGCUGCGCUUCUCCUCAGGCGCGGCGGCGGCGGCGGCACCCCGGCGUCUCUCCCGCCGGAGGUUUCUCUCUGCUUUCCUGGUCGACUGACUGGCUCGCCCCCUCCCUUUUUUGAGGAAGGGUGACCUCUUCUCUGGGACUGGAAAACCUAUUUUUGUGAGGAGCGGGGCGGGCGGCGGCGGCCGGGCUGGCUUCUUCUCCGCUCUCCCCUCCGUCUCCCCCCGCGGGGACCGGCAGGCGAACCCCACAACCGCUCCGGCAGCAUCCUCCCCGCCGCCCCCGCCUCCCCUCCGCCGCCGCUCGCAGCGGCGCCCUCGCCUCCGCUAAUGACUGCGUUAUUAUGCUCCCCUCUCUGGGGAGUCUCGCCCCCCUCGGGUCGCUCCGGAGCCCCGGCCUCCCCGGGCUGCAUUUCUUAAAAAUGUGGGAGCCCGGGAGUGAGUUUCCUCCGAGGCGUGCGUGAGAGGCGGCGGGGGCGUUUUCCUGCGCGAGGGGCGGGUGAAGUUCAUUGCCCCCACUUUUCCCGCGACCUUUUUCGGACCCGAUUUUGGAUCGGGUGGCGGGGGGCGCCGGCGUUUUCGGGGGGCAGGGGGCGCGGCGGAGAAUGGCCGCGGGGAGGGCUCCCCGGAGCCUCCCAGUCUCUUGAUCAAAGCAUUCCGCUAUUCUGAUUUAUUGCCUGCUCGGUGAGUUAUUUUUUUUCCUCUAAAGGAGACCUGUGUGUUCAGCCAUUACUUUGCUCGGCGCUGCUCCCAGGCAUCUCCGACCCUCGGUGCCGUGGGGAGCCCCGCGCUCGGGCUCCUCGCGCUCGCCCUCGCUCCCCGUCCCUCCUCCCCUCUCUCCGCCCCUUCCCCCUUUUCUUUCUCCUCUCUUUCUUCCCCUCUCUCCCUUCUUUCGGCCGCCGUCUCCCCCGCGCCCUCCUCGGGGCGGAGGGAAGCCGUGAAGGGGGAGGGAGGGCUCCGUGUCAAUUUUUUGUGUGUGUGGCCGCGGCCGUAGCCUGUGGCGGGCGAGCGGGGAGACCCCGGCGCGGCAGAGCCAUGGACGGCCCGACGCGGGGCCAUGGACUCCGCAAAAAGCGGCGGUCGCGGUCGCAGCGAGACCGGGAGAGGCGCUCCCGGGGCGGGCUGGGGGCCGGCGCGGCCGGCGGCGGCGGGGCUGGCCGGACCCGGGCGCUCUCGCUCGCCUCGUCGUCGGGCUCCGACAAGGAAGACAAUGGGAAGCCCCCGUCCUCCGCCCCGUCCCGGCCCAGACCCCCGCGGAGGAAGCGGAGAGAGUCCACCUCGGCCGAAGAGGACAUCAUUGAUGGAUUUGCCAUGACCAGCUUUGUCACUUUUGAAGCGCUGGAGAAAGAUGUAGCACUUAAGCCUCAGGAACGUGUGGAGAAACGCCAGACGCCCCUGACCAAGAAGAAAAGAGAAGCACUUACCAAUGGCUUGUCCUUUCAUUCAAAGAAGAGCAGACUCAGCCACCCACACCACUACAGCUCAGAUCGAGAAAAUGACCGCAAUCUCUGCCAGCAUCUUGGGAAGAGAAAGAAAAUGCCGAAGGCACUCAGACAGCUCAAGCCAGGACAGAACAGCUGCAGGGACAGUGACAGUGAAAGUGCCAGUGGAGAAUCCAAGGGCUUCCACCGGAGCAGCUCUCGGGAAAGGCUCAGCGAUAGUUCAGCUCCUUCCAGCUUGGGAACAGGCUACUUCUGUGACAGUGACAGUGACCAGGAAGAGAAGGCAUCGGAUGCCAGCUCUGAAAAACUCUUCAACACUGUCAUUGUAAACAAAGAUCCGGAGUUAGGUGUUGGCACGCUACCAGAACAUGACAGCCAGGAUGCAGGGCCGAUUGUCCCCAAGAUAUCGGGUUUAGAGAGAAGCCAGGAGAAGAGCCAGGACUGUUGCAAAGAGCCCAUCUUUGAGCCUGUGGUGCUUAAAGACCCCUGCCCUCAGGUCACACAGCCGAUAACCCAGCCCCAGACAGAGCCUCAACUCCAAGCUCCUUCUCCGGACCCUGACCUGGUGCAGCGCACAGAGGCCCCGCCUCAGCCCCCACCUCCGAGUACACAGCCACCGCAGGCCCCGGAGGCCCAGCUCCAGCCCACCCCACAGCCUCAGGUGCAGAGGCUAUCCAGGCCACAUUCCCCCACCCAGCUGCUCCAUCAGAACCUCCCACCUGUGCAGGCCCACCCCUCCGCUCAGAGCCUCUCCCAGCCAUUGUCAGCCUACAACAGCAGUAGCUUAAGCCUCAACAGUUUAAGCAGUAGCAGAAGCAGCACUCCAGCGAAGACUCAGCCUGCCCCUCCUCACAUCUCCCACCACCCCUCUGCCUCCCCGUUCCCCCUCUCCCUGCCCAAUCACAGCCCCCUGCACAGCUUCACGCCCACCCUCCAGCCCCCCACACACUCACAUCACCCCAAUAUGUUUGCCCCUCCCACUGCUCUGCCUCCUCCACCACCGCUGACAUCAGGAAGUCUGCAGGUGCCGGGACACCCGGCCGGGAGCACUUACUCAGAGCAAGACAUCUUGCGACAGGAGCUGAACACGCGUUUUCUGGCCUCGCAGAGUGCUGACCGCGGGGCUUCCCUGGGCCCUCCGCCCUACCUGCGGACCGAGUUCCACCAGCACCAGCACCAGCACCAGCACACGCACCAGCACACGCACCAGCACACCUUCACGCCGUUCCCCCACGCCAUCCCGCCCACCGCCAUCAUGCCGACGCCAGCACCUCCCAUGGUGCGUACCCCAGGCAGAAAUUUUGACAAAUACCCUACAAAAGUUGACCCCUUCUACCGGCACAGCCUCUUCCAUUCCUACCCUCCUGCAGUGUCGGGCAUCCCCCCUAUGAUCCCACCCACUGGCCCUUUUGGUUCACUACAAGGAGCGUUUCAGCCGAAGACAUCCAACCCUAUUGAUGUCGCUGCUCGGCCUGGGACAGUCCCACACACUUUACUCCAAAAGGACCCGAGGUUGACAGAUCCUUUCAGACCUAUGUUAAGGAAACCAGGGAAGUGGUGUGCUAUGCAUGUUCACAUCGCCUGGCAGAUUUACCACCACCAACAGAAAGUCAAGAAACAGAUGCAGUCAGACCCACAUAAGCUGGACUUUGGACUGAAACCGGAGUUCCUGAGCCGCCCUCCAGGCCCCAGUCUCUUUGGAACCAUCCACCACCCCCAUGACCUGGCACGGCCUUCAACUUUGUUCUCUGCUGCUGGUGCUGCACACCCAACGGGGACCCCUUUUGGGCCACCCCCUCAUCACAGCAACUUCCUCAAUCCUGCCGCCCACCUAGAGCCUUUUAAUCGGCCGUCUACAUUCACAGGCCUAGCAGCAGUUGGUGGCAAUGCCUUCGGCGGACUUGGAAAUCCUUCCGUUACACCCAACUCAAUGUUCGGCCACAAGGAUGGCCCCAGUGUGCAGAACUUUAGCAAUCCUCACGAACCCUGGAACCGGCUGCACCGAACGCCUCCGUCGUUCCCGACCCCUCCGCCCUGGCUGAAGCCAGGGGAGCUGGAGCGCAGCGCGUCCGCUGCAGCUCAUGACAGAGAUAGAGAUGUAGAUAAACGAGACUCCUCCGUUAGUAAAGAUGACAAAGAAAGGGAAAGCGUCGAGAAGAGACACUCCAGCCACCCUUCACCAGCACCUGUCCUCCCGGUGAACGCCCUGGGACAUAACCGCAGCUCCACCGAACAGAUCCGGGCCCAUUUGAACACUGAGGCUCGGGAGAAGGACAAACCCAAAGAGCGGGAGAGAGAGCACUCGGAACCCCGCAAGGACCUGGCCACGGACGAGCACAAGGCGAAGGAGGGCCACCUGCCCGAGAAGGACGGGCACGGCCACGAGGGGCGCGCCGCAGGCGAAGAGGCCAAGCAGCUGGCCCGGGUGCCAUCCCCCUACGUGCGGACCCCCGCGGUGGAGAGCGCCAGGCCCAACAGCACCUCGAGCCGGGAGGCUGAGCCGCGCAAGGGUGAGCCGGCCUACGAGAACCCCAAGAAGAGCUCCGAGGUCAAGGUGAAGGAGGAGCGGAAGGAAGACCACGACCUGCCUCCGGAGGCCCCACAGACCCACCGGGCCUCAGAGCCGCCGCCUCCCAACUCCUCGUCCAGCGUGCACCCGGGGCCUCUGGCCUCCAUGCCCAUGACGGUGGGGGUGACGGGCAUUCACCCCAUGAACAGCAUCAGCAGCCUGGACAGGACUCGCAUGAUGACCCCCUUCAUGGGCAUCAGCCCCCUCCCGGGUGGAGAGCGCUUCCCGUACCCUUCUUUCCACUGGGACCCCAUCCGGGACCCCUUGAGGGAUCCUUACCGAGAACUUGACAUUCACCGGAGAGACCCGCUGGGCAGGGACUUUCUGCUGAGGAACGACCCGCUGCACCGGCUCGCGACUCCCCGGCUGUACGAAGCCGACCGCUCCUUCAGGGACCGGGAGCCUCACGACUACAGCCACCACCACCACCACCACCACCACCCGCUGUCGGUGGACCCUCGGCGGGAGCACGAGCGGGGAGGCCACCUGGAUGAGCGGGAGCGCUUGCACAUGCUCAGAGAGGACUACGAGCACACGCGGCUCCACUCCGUGCACCCCGCCUCCCUGGACGGACACCUGCCCCACCCCAGCCUCAUCACCCCAGGACUCCCCAGCAUGCACUAUCCCCGCAUCAGCCCCACGGCGGGCCACCAGAACGGACUCCUCAACAAGACGCCUCCGACAGCAGCGCUGAGCGCGCCUCCCCCGCUCAUCUCCACGCUGGGGGGCCGCCCGGUCUCUCCCAGGAGGACUACUCCUCUGUCUGCGGAGAUCAGGGAGAGGCCUCCUUCCCACACGCUGAAGGAUAUCGAGGCCCGAUAAGCCGAGAACAGGAGCACUCACGAGGAAGAAGAAACCCUAGGCAGACACCAGGCCAGGCUUGAGAGAGAGAGAGAGAGAGAACUCCUGCAUCGCUCACACGGACUUGGGGGGAAGCCCCACCUCUUCCCCUUGUAGAAAUGUAUAGACUCCGUGCAGAUUUUGAAAUGUUUUGUAUAUUAUAGGUUGAGAUUUUUCAGCUCUUUUAACCCAGUCACAUGUCCCCAUGUCUCCUGCUUUUUGUUUCUCGUAGAAAACUUUUUGAACCAAAACAGUGAAGAUGACAACACACGCCCAUUGGAUGAUCAUUGUGGGGGGGCGGGGGGGUGUCCACACCGCCAUCCAUCAUGCAAAACUUUCAGAUGAGGUGGGACGGCCGUGUACAUAGUUACUGUAAAAAGAGAGUGCUUCAUGAGCUAAUGGUUCAUAUAUGCAAAUGGGUAAGACGAAAGCUUUACUUUGUACAAAUGUAAAUAGAUAAAGAUUAAGUAACAUAAUACAUUAAUACUUCUUAAAAUGUGCUAUUUGCAAACUUAAUAUCAGUGAACACAGUCGGCUGAGGCCGUGUUCCCAUAUAUUGUUAUAGACAGCUAAACCCUUCAACUAUGCAAUGAAUGUUCGGGCUUUUCACAAAAGCCCGCCUAACUCAAAGGAGCCUUUUCAGACCCAUUUACAACAUACUUAAGGUCAUAUUUUCCCUGAACAAGCGCUUACACGAUAUGACUGUUUUCCUUGUUUUUUUUUUUGUUUUGUUUUUGUUUUGUUGUUUUUUUUUUGUUUUUGUUUUUGUUUUGUUUUGUUUUUUCAAAAGGAGAAACAUCCUAUUUUGCAAAUUGGACCCCAGGCUGGAACUUUGCAUCUGAAGUUGCCGCUUGUGGGCUUUGGGGUAAAGUGCAGCCCCAGAGAGGUAACUGAGGACGUGAGCAGCCGGUGCCGGGGAGGAUGGGGUUUGCCAGAUGCCAAAAUCAGGACGGGUGGUGGUGUCGGACAGACACGCACAGGUCGCCAGUGACUUCACACACACCUCAUGUGAGAGCCAUGCUUUUUUUAGUGUGUCCUCUUUCAUACCUGUACACGCUUCCUCGUGUUGUAAUGAGAUUUACUUACACCCAAACAGAUCCUGAAAGAAAGCUUCCAAGUUUUCUCAGAUGAUGGAUAUGUUUUCACUGUUUUCAAUAACCGACCAGUGGAAGGUGCACGUUUCCCAAUGUAAGGCGCUGUAUUCCAGCUGGCGAGCGAGUCUGGGGGCAGCCGUGACAGGCCAACCUUGUGGAGCCAUCGCGAGUUAAAGAGCGUGAAAGAUGGCAGAAAAAAAGUCUCGUGUGCGAGUGUGUUUUUUGAGUUUGCAUCAAUCUUAAUGUCUCUUCAUAAUACUUUUAUAAUACAUUAAGCCUCUUGUCUACAUAUUUGGAGAGAAUAUGACUUUACUAGCAGAGAAAUACAAUAUAUCUUGUCUACUGGACUGUAAAAUAUAUGUAUGAAAUAAAAUUAGUUCCAUUUGGUCUUCUAGUAUAUUAAAGUGCUAUCUGACGUUGUUACCCUGUUUUUGCAAAAAAAGAAAAAAAAAAGUUAACUACAGACCAUUGUUUCUAAUAAGCAGAGAGAUCUAUUUUAGUAGUAAACUGAAGGUUUAGUUGUGAGCUUCAGAUUUUGUGAACUCCAGAUGUUGUGCAGUGUUUUUUUUUUAAAGACAACAACUAAAAAAAAUUCCAAGGAAUAUGUACACUGGAACUGUAGUGGUAGCUUUCAGUAUUGUAAAGAGAUUGUUCUAUACAGACCUUUUUGCUGUUUAUCCUGUAUGUAAUAAAGUCCUUUCUAGAGCCUAUGUGAAAAGAAAAGUGAAGCAACUGAAUCUUCAGCAUGUUCUCAUCGGCGGAGCCUUCUUGUGUAAUGUAAACUGUGCCAUGUUAUUAAAAAAUGUGAACUAAGCUUCC